UUUUGGUAGAUCUCUGAUGCGGUGUACAGAAUCGUCUGUGACCAGGCAACAGCCCAUUAUGACUCCUCAGUGGCCAAAUGUGAGCUUCAGAUUCCUGAAAUGAAGAGCAUCAUCCGGACAGAUAUGGAUCAGAUCAUCCAAUCCAAGGAACAUCUGGCCAACAAAAUCCGAGCCGUCGUCUUCUCCAAAGCUGAGGUCUGUGUCCGGAACCAUGUCCAACCAUACAUCAGUUCCAUCUUGGAAGCCCUGAUGAUCCCCACCAGCCAGGGCUUUGCUGAAGUUCGGGAAGUCUUUUUCAAGGAAGCCACUGACAUGAACAUGAAUAUUGUCAAUGAAGGAGGGACAGAGAAGCUGGGAGAG